AUCUCUGCUGGAGACAAGACAUGAUCAAGACUGCAUCGAAAAAUUGGUUCUAGGAUAAAAAUGAUAUUUUUAAUGCUAAAAUAAUCAAAAUGUACAUUUAAGUGAGAUGCGAUGUCAAAUGGUAUGUAUCAGAAUACCAAAUACCAACAAUUUUGGAGCGUAAGUGUAGCAGUGCCAAAUUUUAGUUCCAAAUGUGAACAAUCUCAUUUGAGCGGCGCUUUUGUCGCGGUUAUUGUUUAUCAGAAUACCAAAUUGUAACAUGACACCGAAACGAACGAUUUGACAGCAAAAAUCAGCGCUGCGAGUGUGUGAAGCGAGUUACAGAAUCGCAGGGCUGAGCUCGUUUGCUAAUGCGAUUUUAGCCAAACACAUGGAAUCGUACUGAACAACAAAGUAUGUUGUUGUUUCUUUCCGCCGUGUUGAUUGAGCUAAUGUAAGGAAGGGAUAGCACACACCGGCGCGUUCGCCGACAAGGGUUAUUGUUUUUUUACUUUUUAAAUCAGUAUGAUCAUUGAUCUUAUACGUCACUAAGCGAAGCGAGUUUUUGUUUUUGUGUUGGAAUGAUCGGAAAUUAAUGGAAUGUGUUAAUUCUAUAGUGAUAUUAAAUAGACUAGCAGUGUUUUUAAGAUGAAGAGACUGAGGGCGGCCCGGUUAAAUGCCAUUAUGGAUAAUAUAGGAGAAAUAAUUCAUCCAGAACUGGAAAAAUGUCCCCAAGGAUUGCCGAACAAACAUUACUCCGACGAUGACGAAUUUGAAAUUGCUGUUGACUUCUCGCCGGACGUGUCAGAGUAUAUACCAAGUCCAGAUCAACACAGACUUAGCAGGAGUCCAUCAAGUUUUGGCGGAGACUCUGAUUAUUUAACAGCAGCUAUUGAGAAUAUUACAAGAACGCCUUCGACUGUUUCUAAUGUCUCCUCCGUAUUAAAACAAAUCGACUUCGUCGCAUCACCUUCAAUCAUAUAUGAAGCUGCUAAGUUGACGGGCACACCUACAUCUUUAACAAACACAAAUACUACUGCGUCACCGGUUUCUGCCAAACCACGCGAUAUUAAUAGCAGAAAAAAACAAAACGUUGUUUGAAUCCUAUUUUCAACAAAAGAUCUUCUUCACAUAUUCUGGAUAAUGAUAUACAGUCUUCCAUCGAAAAUGAAGAUUUCACAGACCUCGUUGUUUUGGACACAACUCUACAGCCUGAAAACAAUUCAGAUUCUAUAUUGACAGUCAUUACAACUACUUUAGAUGAUGGUGAUAAUACCAUAACAGCUAUCUGCCAAAGUCCCGAUAUAAACUCAACGCCUGAAACUUCUGCCGCAAGUUUAGACGAAGUUUCAUCAUCAUUUUCUACUAAUAAGCAGAAAUUGUUGACAAGAAAACGGAUUCGGAGUGAACAAGAACAUCAAGAUGUAAAGAGUAAGAAAUUGAAGAAUUCGGGAGAAAGCUAUAUGGGAUGCAGAUCUAAAAAAAUAUACGAAAAAAAAAGAUUACAAGAGGAUGUAAAUGCGCAAAAAAAUGUGAAGAAAAAUUUACAUUGAGCCAGAGAGAAGACAUUAUGCAGCAGUAUUAUAGAUUAGGAGAUCAUGAGCGGCAAUGGCAAUUUAUUGUUAGUUACACGACAGUUGAGAAGGUCAAAAGAAACAAGUUAGAUCGAAAGAAUAAUCGCACCCAAACCGUCAAAUACUAUUUUGAUUUACAGAAAGAGAAAGUUCAAGUAUGUAGGACCUUUUUUGCAAGCACUUUGUGUAUUUCAAAUCAGAUAAUUCAUACCGCAUUGGAAAAAAAUAACAAUAGCGAAGGAUUACAAGAUCUACGAGGACUACAUCAGAACAGACCGCGCAAAAUGCGCAAUGAUACAGAAGAAAGCAUAGUCGAUCACACUAACUUAUUCCCAGCAGUGGAAGCUCAUUAUGUGCGCAAAGAAACGAACAAAAAAUAUGUUUCAGAACAACUUAACAUAUCUAAAAUGUAUCGCCUAUACAAGACCUGGUUCAUACAAGAAAGUUUUGAUUUUCCGAUGGCUACAAAACGGCAGUAUCAGACAAUUUUUAAUACCAGAUUUAAUUAUUCUUUCUAUAAGCCCAAAAAGGAUCAGUGCUCUAAAUGCGCUCUUUACCGCCAAGCUGAUAACGCUACUCAAGAAACCUUGCAAGAAAAGUACGAUCAACAUCAGCGAAAUAAAGAAAGAGUUCGACAGAUAAAGAAAGAAGAAAAAGAAUCUUGCAAUCGAUUGCAAACUACAAUAGCUAUAUUUGAUUUGCAAAAAGUGUUGAAUAAACCUCAAUCUGCUGUUGGAGUAUUCCACUACAAGAGAAAGUAUCCUAUUUACAAUUUCACAAUAUUUGACGCCACUCAACGCAAAGGUUAUUGCUACGUUUGGCAUGCGCAGAUUGCAAAAAGAGGAGCAAUAGAAAUAGGUAGUUGUUUAUGGCAAUUUCUUAAUACAAAAAAACAGAGAGGCAUUAAAAACUUGUCAUUUUAUUCUGAUGGUUGCGCAGGACAGAAUAAAAACAGAUUCAUAUUCGCUCUGUACAUGUUUGCUGCCAUAAAGCUUCAAAUUAAUAUCACUCACAGAUUUUUUGAGACUGGUCAUGGCCAGAGUGAGGGCGAUUCGAUGCAUUCUACUAUAGAACGUGAGCUGAAAAACCAAGUUGUGUAUAGUCCAGAUCAAAUGUACGUAAUAAUUAAUGUAAUAAUGUAAUAAUUACCAAUGCCAAAGUAAAUGGCGAGAAAUAUAUUAUUAAAGAAAUGUUACAAAGUGACUUCUACGACAUUAAAGAAUUACUCGAGGACAAACACUGGGGUAAAGAUGAUAAAGGGAAGAAGAUAAAGUGGUCUAAAAUAAUGGAAAUCAAUGUAACCAGUUCAGAACCAUCCAUCUUGCGGUUUAAAUAUGAUUUUGACGCUGAGUAUUCUAAGCUCAACAUUGAACGCCAACAGAGAUCCAAACGGAGUGCUAGACAUGCUUCCAAUACACCUAAUAUUAAUAACAGUCCUGAAUUAAAAAUUGUAUACACCGAGACUCUGCCAAUACGUAAAGCCCUACAUUCUGAUCUCAUAAGUCUUUGUAAAUCAAAUGACAUACCAAGCUACUGUCAUGGUUUCUAUGAAUCUCUUAAAUUUAAUGAUGAGGCAGAAGCACCAACCGAUAACUGUGCUGAUGAAGACUAUUUUUUUUAAAUAUUGAGUAACUAAUAAGAAGACUUUUUUAAAUGAUAAUAUACUUUUGGAUAGAAAUUACUUAGAUUUCGCUUAUAUUUUAUUUGGAAUAUUAGGUUUCGUGAUUUUGAAUGUUUACUCGAAGAUGCCACUUAAUUAUGAAGAUUUGAGUAUGGAGAUAGAUAGAUUAAUUAUAGACUGAUUUAUUUUAGAGUGACUUUAUGUUAUGUUUGUUUGCUUAUGUUUUGUUUUCUUGAAAAGUAUUAUUUUUGUCAUCCUCUUUGUUGGCUUUAAAUGUUGGUCCCAAAAUAAAUAACAGUUGAUUA